AAAAUCUAUUGUAAAGAAGAUUUCGUUUGAGAUGAAUCGUUGAAGCAGCCAAACACCGGAACAAGUUGCAGUUCGCGACAUUGUGAAAUUCAAAACUCGCGACAUUGUGAAAUUCAAAACAGAAAACUGUUGGAUUGUAAUUUCAAAUUUCAAAGAAUCGAGAAUGCAAUGACCUUUGACCAGAAAAGGAAACUAGACCUUUGACCUGAUAAGGAUUUGUGACCUUUCACCUUCAAGAUGAUUGGCCUCCUCGCUUCAAAAACAGUCGACAGCCUCGAAAUAGGCAAGUCUUCACGGAAAAAAAAAUCAAUAUUUGCCGAAUCGGAUAGUGAAAAUGAGGUUUCGAAUCUGUUGCCGAGCAACAGAAAACAAAAGCAGAUGGUAUCUCCAAAACUAAACGGAGUUGAUCAAAUUAAUAUCGGCCCAAGAUGCCGGGCCUUUAUCGCCUUCUUGGUGAUGCUAUCGCUAGUUGGCAUGGUGAUGCUCGUUUCUAUGGCAGCACUUGGUGAGUUUAAGGAACAGCUCAAAGCUGGUGGCUUCCACCCGAUUGUACAGCAAAGCAAAGAUCAAGAAGCAAACGUGAAUUCAAAUUCAGAACGAGAUUCUGUAGAAUCAGUUCGAGACUAUCGCCUGCCUAGUAGUCUUACCCCGCAACGUUAUGUAUUGUCACUAAAUGUUGACACAGAAAGAUUGACAUGUACAGGUCACGUGGUUAUAACAGCGUUGUGCAGAAUCGCGACUCACACUAUUAUACUGCACUCUUCAAAGAAUACAAUAAAUUCAACGAGAGUAUGGACAUCUGACCACCGUGAAGAUAUAAUUUUGAAAAAUGUGAAAAUGGACCCCGAGAAAGAAUUUCUGAUCUUGCAUCUCGCGGAGCCACUGUUGGUGGGAAAGAAAUAUGAAAUAAAGAUUGGAUUUAAUGGGACAAUUUCGAACGAGCCGCGUGGUUUUUACAGGAUGACGCACGUGUCGAAGAAGGGAGAGGAUAGAAACUUCUUCAUGACUAAUCUUGAGCCUGUGUACGCAAGAAGAUUCUUUCCGUGUUUUGACGAACCAGCAAUGAGGUCAAAGUUCAAGGUCAAAGUUACACAUUCUGACACAUGGAAGUCAAGCAGCACGAUGCCUGUCUCAAGAUCUGUGAUUGAUAAAAACGGACUAAGAGAGGUUGAGUUUCAAGAGACGCCAUCCAUUCCACCCUAUUUACUUUCCUUAGUGAUAUGCAAUAUGCGAAGAACUGGUUUGGUUUCGAAACAAGGAAUUUCGAUCAAUACAUUUUCUCCUGCAACGGAUAAAAAACUAACUACUUUUGCAAAUGGCGCUGUGGACAAAGCCAUCCAGCUGAUUGAAAGAGAGUCAAAGAUAAAGUUUCCUCUUCCAAAAGUUGACAUUUUCCUUGUGAAUAAGCGCGUUUCAAGUCAGAAGAAUGGCUUUGGUCAAGUCAUAUUGCCUAUCAUCGAUGUCGGGGAACCAUUGCAGAAGUUUCGGUUUCUGCAAAGUUUGGCAGAACAGCUUGCGAAAUGCUGGUUUCAAGGAAUUGUUGGCAUGAAAUGGUGGUCGGAUGGUUGGCUUAUGAGGAGCCUCGCAGUGCACAUUUCCCAUCAUGCAGUGCUCAGGCAUAUGGAGCCUGGCCUAAAUAUUGGCCAUUUCUUUUAUAUGGAGUAUACCCGUCCAACGUUAAAACGAGGCCAGGACAUAAUGGGUGCGAUCACUUUGAAUGAUGUCCUGAACUCGACUAAAAGUAUCGAGAAAAGUUUGAAUAGCUGUUAUGAGAAAAAGGGUGCAUCUUUGAUUCGCAUGGUGAGGGUACUUUUUGGCACGAAAAAGUUUUACAAAACUGUGCAGUCAUUUUUGAGAAGUUACCAUGGAAAAACAGUAUCUAUCGGGGAAUUCUUUGAUUCAUUUCCAAAGCAUAAAAAAUCGCUGAAUAUGACUCUUUUUAUGAAAACCUGGGUUCAAGAGCCAGGUUAUCCUUAUGUCAGACUGAAAUAUUCUAAAAGAAGGCACAAAUGCUACUUUACCCAGUCAAGAUUUUUUUCUACCCGCCAUCAAGUGAGAGAAAAAAAUUUAUUGAGUCCGAUCUGGCAAAUUCCGUUGACCAUAAAACUGCCAAAGCGAAGAACAAGGCUUUUGAGAAUGGCAAGACGAACAGUAACUUUUCAUUUACCAACCAACUUUGGCUGGUUGAAAGCAAAUGUUGCACAGAAAGGAUUGUAUCGUGUAAACUACGAUUCGUUGAUGUGGAAGAAAAUAAUUCGCGAAUUCUCCAGGAGCAAUUCGAGCUUUGGGGAGCUUGAUCGAGCAGGAAUAAUUGACGAUGCAUUUCGACUUGCAAGGGCUAGUAAAUUGACAUUUAAAGUUCCACUCGAUCUGACGUCACAUUUGCGCGACGAAAAGAGUUCUGUCGUCUGGAGAAUUGCUUUGGAACAUUUUGAGUAUCUUUUGAAGCUCUUUCAUGGCCAUAAGCAAAUUAAUUGCGUGAAGAAAUAUCUCUUUGGACAAGCAAUACACAUGACAAAUUCUGUUGGCUGGCUAAACCAAGGCAGUCUACUUGAAAGGAUGCUUAGAGAUAAAAUUUUAUCAUUUGCGGUUGAAGUUGGAGACAAAAGAACAAUUGCAGAAAGUAAAAAACUGUUCUACAGAAUACUGAACUCGAAAGAAAGAUUAAGUCUUCCAUAUGGAUUGAAAUGUUUAGUUUUCAAAACUGCGAUUGAAUUCGGUGGCCAAAAGGAAUGGAACGCUGUAGUUGAUCUGUACAAAUCGCAAUUUUCAAAGGAGGACAAGAGACUGUAUUUGUCAGCUAUUGCUUCAUCAAAGUCAACUGACGCUGUCGAAAGCUUCUUAGUAAACUCAUUCAAGUUUGGAAACACAAGCUCGGAACUUUCUUCCAUAAUAAAGGAGUUAUCAACGAAACCAAACAAACAAAACUUUGCCUGGAAACUGAUUAAAAAUAAUUGGGAAUCGCACAGUAUAAGCAAAGAUCAACUUGGUGAAAUAGUUGGACGAUUAGUUGAAGGAAUGAAACCAGGAAAAGUCGCCAAAACGGCUUUAGAUAUGUUAUCAAAACACGAAGAACUCAAGCAUUUACAUCAGAAAGUUGAGAACCAGCUCCGACAUGCUAGAAACCACGUGACACAAAUAGAAAGAUGGCUUCUAACUGGCAAGCAUGGAACAAAUUGUCAUUGAGCUGAAGGUGCAAAAGUAGUCAAGGUACAUGUUAGUUUUUAAGUUAAAAGUCUGAAUCUAUGCGUUGUGGGAUAAACUUUGUCAUUUAGAAUAGAUACUUGCGUAUUCGUGUAAAGGCGGCUAAUCAUAGAAAAGAGGCUAGCUUGGGAUAAAGAAAAGAGGCUUUGCUUGGAAAAGAGGCUGACAAAAAUUCAGAAAUGGUUCCCAAUUUACCGUGCACUUUAAUUUUGAUCAGCAAUAUUUCUUGCCUCAAUCAACAUUAUCAAAAUUAUUUACUUCAUCCUUGCAGAACAACAAAUGGUCUACCAUAUUUAUCAUAAGGUUUCACGACCUCAUAUUUCUUUUCAAGGUAAUAUUACGUAAAUAUCAGCAUAACACCCAAUCAGUGUCCUCUAGCCUUUAGUCCUCCAUCUUCACCCUAACCCUUACCCUAACCCUAACCCUAACCCUAACCCUAACCCUAACCCUAACCCUUACCCUAACCUCAAGUGAUCACCUGCAAGAAUCUCCUAAAGAGCCAUUAGAACAUCAUUUUAUAGCAAUUUUUAAUUUAUGACUUUCUUUUCGAGAGAUUAAUUUUGAAAUUCAAACACAAUUUUGAAUAACAGAAUUGACAAGCAUAAUGAUUCUUUCAUUAA